AUGAAUGUACCAAUUCUAAUGUCUGCUUUAUUCUAUGUAAUGGUAUUGUUCGGGUCAGGAGCUCUACCACACACGAAAGGCAAAGAACUAGAUGACCUGAGUGACACCUACAGAGAAUCGACGCCACUAUUAAUAGAAAAUGAGACAGUACUUCUGAUUCAAAAUACUUCGUUCUCUAUCAAGAGUAUAUCAAAUGAAAAUAUAAUGAACAGAUCGGCUUGCACUUGGACCAACAAGAGGAUAACUAACUCGACUCUCUUCCCAUCAGUUCGUGAUGAGGCAGUGUGUAACUGUAAAUCCUGUAAUGAAUUUAACGAGAUGCACGCAUGUGAACCUGUUCGUACACCGAUGUUCUUUCUCAAACGCAUAUCAACAUUCGGACGCUUUGCGUAUGUACCAGUCAUAUUGGAAGUCGCUACAGGAUGUACGUGUGUACACAAGAAUAUUGUCUAA